CCUAUAAAUAUUUGUGUUUAUUGGAGAUACCUGAACACUUCGGUGUAAACCUAAUUGUUGUACACCAUGGGGGAUGGACAAAGUGAAAAUCAACCCCUUUUGAGGGACGAGGAGGUAAAUGUCAGCACAAUAUCUCCUAUCGGUCCCGAUGAGCUGCCGCCGCCGUACCAGCAGGCGGGGUUGCCCAUGGUAACAUGUCGCGUGUGCCAAGCCAUGAUAGACAUAUCUGGAAAGCGUGAGCAGCACGUCGUCAAAUGUUCUGAUUGUAAUGAGGCCACGCCAAUAAGAAAUGCUCCACCGGGUAAGAAGUACGUACGCUGUCCGUGCAACUGCUUGCUAAUCUGCAAAUCUUCAUCUCAGCGUAUAGCAUGUCCGAGGGCAGAUUGCAAAAGGAUCAUUAACCUGGCACCUUCUCCGGUUACUCCCCCUGUUCCCACUUUACCUGGCAUGUGCAGAGUAAUCUGUGCCCAUUGCCAAGACACAUUUUUGUACCAGCUGUUGAAAAACGCGCCAGUGCGAUGCCCUCAUUGUCGGAAAGUGUCCUCGGUAGGGCCGCGAAUGGCACGCGUUAAGGGAACCGUAUUCGCUAUAAUGGCGCUGAUAUUCUUCGCUAUUGCAUUGGGAGUCACUCUCGGUACUCUGUCAGCAGCUAAAACACACGGUGGAGGCAUAUAUGUUGCAUAUGUUGGCGCGUUCCUGCUAGCAUUCAUCCUCGCUGGCCGAGCUGUCUACUACUUUGCUAUGAAAGUAAGUGUAAUUGACGGCCCUAUGUAAUACUAAACUCUGUAGCUCUAGAUCUUGUGAUAUGACUAGGAAAUAUUGAAGUUAUUGAUUCCAUAUAGCAUUAUUAUGUUAUGAAAUAGUUUUUAUUACACAAAAUAUGAAAACAAUAUUUAAGCACCAACACUACAGAAGACAAGUUGGUUGUUACUCAUGUUAAGGUGGUGCCA